UUACACUCUUUGUUGUGAGGAUGUUUUGCAAUGUUGUUUGAAAAUACUUAAUCUUCAUUAAUUAAAAUAAUAAAUAAAUAAAUAAAUAAAUAAAUAAAUAAAUAUAAUAAAAUAAAUUAAAAUAGUGAAUUCCUGUUUGUGUAGAGUAGUGCAGGGAUGACGUCAUUUUGUAAAGCCGAAACCGGAAACGAGUUGGCAUUUUAGUACUUCCGGUUCCAUCGUCCCGAAGUCUGAGUUUUUUUAAAUGGGAUUUUUGUUAAAAGCCUGAAAUAAGGUCUGCGGUGAACACAAGUUCAAAAUAUUUUCACGUUUUAUUCUACCACAUAAAAUACACCAGUAAUACCCUACUCAUGAUUUUUAAGCUUUUACGUGUAUUUGGAACAGGCGGUUGCUAAAUGGGACUACAGACGUUGUCGGGGACAUUAAACGUCAUCACGCCGAACAGGAAAAACUUUGCAGAUAAACUGGUUCAGGCAGCAGCGAUGCCCAGAAAAAAGACCAGAACAAAGAAGCAUAAGAAAGAACGAAAGAAACACAGAUCAUCAUCGUCCUCCAGCGAGGAUCAGGGGACAGAGGACAGAGAGAGACACAGAAGCAGUCGCAGGGACAAAAACAAGCAUGUGAGCAGACUUCUUGUUACGACGCUUCUACUGAGUGCACAGAAACCAGUGAUAAUGAUUAUGAGAUGCAGGUAGUUGAGGAGCUGCAUCUGGCUCGCUCCAACAGACAACUGCACGUGAAGGUGGAGAAGAGUUACGGAGAGCUGACCAGCAUGGACGUAGACCCGGCAGACGAGAGUGCCACCAUUGCACUCAGUCAGAAACAGCAGCAGGACCCCCUCAUUGUGCUCGACACCAAUGUUCUCCUCAGCCACCUGGACUUUGUGAAGAGGAUUAGAUCCCAUGGACUUGGAGCUCUGGGGUUCCCGACGCUGCUGGUUCCCUGGGUGGUUCUACAAGAGCUGGACUCGUUAAAAAGCAGGAAACUGUCAAAGGCCAGCUGUGGACUACAUCUACACGUCCCUGAAGAACCAGGAGCCGCGUCUCUGGAGCCAGUCCAUGCAGCAAGUGUCUCACGCUGCCUGCAGGCUGAACGUGGAGGAUAAUGACGAUCUGGUGCUGCAGUGCUGUCUCCACUACAAGACAUUGUAACUUUAGCUGAUAAAGUAUAGAAACAUUAAUGUGAGGAGAAACUGUACACAUUGAAAACACUUGGAGUAAUUUAUAAUGCAUUCAUUUGUUUAUUUAGGUCAAAUUUCAUCUAAAGAAAAGGCUGCAUGCAAUGCAUUUUAUAGCAACGAUAAGAACCUGUGCAGUAAAGCUCUGCUGAGCGGAGUCAAGGCCCUGAUUAAUGGGCGUUCCCUAAAGUGGUUCUCAUCCUAUUUAUAUAGGAGAACCUUUGCUGUGGAAUUAGUGAGCUCUAUUUCCUGCUCUCAGCCUAUCUCAUCUGGGGUUCCUCGAGGUUCUUGUCUUGGCCCUGUGCUGUUUUCUCUAUAUAUGCUCCCUUUGGGAUUAAACUCUCAAACACAGUGUAGCAUAUCAUUGUUAUGUAGACCAUACCCAGGUGUAUCUGCCUCUGAAAUGUAAUGAUAACUCCAAACUGUCAUGUAUCAGGAAACUCUGGACUCCAGUUCCCAUCAGCCACUGCACUACAUGUCAUGACUGCGCUACAUGACCACCUGCACCUGAUUCAUGUUUCUGUUAAUGAGCACUCGUGUGUAUAUAUAGCCACUGUCUGCACUGUUUCUCUGUCUUUCGUUGUAUUAGACUUCUGUGUUCCAUGCCAUAGUGGUUUGCCUAGUUGUCUUGGUGUCUUUGUUUUGUUGUGUGUUUGUUUAAUAAACGUUCUUAUCUGCGAUUGCUUCUGAACCCAUCCUUGAUUCGUGACACAAAAUUGCAUCUCUGCUUGAUUAUUUGGAUGAAAUAAAGGUGUGGAUGGCAUCCAGUUUUUUGCAGCUUAAUGAGUCAAAAUCUGAAAUGGUGUUUUUUGGUCCAUCAAAGUUAGCCAGACAGCUUUCUCUAAAUCUGGGCCUUUUAGCCACCAAUUUUAGGAAUGUUAGGUGAGGAACCCUGGUGUGAUUUUUGAUUCUGAGCUGAAAUGUGAAAAACAAAUAAAUUUUCCAAGAAUCUUU